UCCCAUUGGGCCGAUUUCCGCCCCUACGUAUUGCAACUAUCGUGAUUAAGGCUUGAACAAAGCAAGGCAGAUGAUAUUGAACUGCGGCGCAGUGUUUGUUCAAUGGCGAGUUUCUUCACGCGCGAGGACAACAUGCUCGGCUUCUCCGCCUGCUACCGCCGACCAACUCCGCCACCAACUUGAUAAUCUUCAAAAGGAGGCCGACAACACUAGAGGCAAAGCCAGUAGUGCAAGAUUGAGACUCAUGCGGUUGUCUGAAGCGGCUGAGAAGCUUAGACGACAAGCGGCGGUCAGUAUUCAAACUGGAAAAGAAAAUGAUGCUAGGGAUUUGCUUUUUCAAAAGAAGAAGGUAAUGCAAGCCCUCGAGAAAUUGAAGGGUCGUAUCGAAUUGUUUGACCAACUUUCUGCGAAAUUGAAUGAGGCAAUCUCCAUGAAAGAAAGUCUACUAAUUGAGAAUAUGGGAUUGGAUGUUGAAGUUAGUGAGACAGAACCAACUAGUCCCGUUCGAAUUGUAUCUCCAUCGCAGGAAAGUUCAAACAAUACAGAUGCUGAUCUGGAAAAUAUAAAUGAUCAGCAAUUGCAUAUUAUUCCCGAGAAUCAAGUUGACCCUCUUGCAAAAAACGAGCUUUCCAGUGAGAAAAGGUUAACUUCAUACGAGGACUUCAUGGGAGACAUAGAUCAACAGCUCAAGAGGAUUGAAGACGAACUAGAAAUGUUUUUAAGGUUUUCGAGCUUACUUUUGGAAAACAAGGAAAAACCGGAAUAUGCAAAGGUGCAGCAUGUAACAGAAAUUCUUGCAGGUGUUUCUCAUAUUCGAGAAAGAAUUGGAACUAUCAAGCAAACAAGAUGAGUUGUAAUGUAAUGAAAUGCCGUUUUUAUGGACUGAGUUGCAAUUUGUUUGGGCAUUGUCUUGGUAUGAAAUCAUACUGCGGAUAGGUAAGAUGACCAUGCAUUAGCACGAUGGCUAUUUUUCGUUUCGUUAAAUAUGUGGUCUAUAUAUCAAAUAAUCGAUCUUGAAUUGUGAAUUAACGUCCAUAUUACCGUUAGUAAUGAAGUCCGAUUUUUCAAAGAAAAUUUGUAUGUAUAUUACCGUAUAUAUAAGAAUAGUAAAUUCUAUUUCUUUCUUGAUCAUGUUUAGUGCUAUUUUGAUGGCGUAAACGAUUAUAGAGCAGCAACAGAGUCCAGAGACAAUAAUAACAUUACUCUUGUACUUGACUAGUUGAUUUUUACAUUUGCAGCAUUACUAGAAUUUUGGUUUCA